GAAGACAUGUGCAGCAACCAGGUCAGCUUGCAAGAUGAGCAGUGCAGGUUCUAUUCCUAUAUGUUCUACCAGGCGGUCAGGGACCAGGAACCCGUCUGGAAAUUGGAGGAAAUGAGGACAAUGGAAUAUUUCCACUGGGAAGAAGACGCGAGCCUGCGAUGCUACUCGCCGUCGGAUGCUCUCAUGUACGCCGUGGUCCAUAAUCACCUACGGUACGCCAAGUAUUUGCUAUCUCACUUCCCGGAGGAGGCGCUGAAGGUCCCGGGGAUCAAAUUCUGCUGCUGCCCUCCUUCUGCCCCCCACCUGGCUCUGGCCGUUACCUACGACAGAAGAGAUAUUUUGAUUAUGAUCAUAAAGAUGGUCCAUAAGCUACCUAGUCUUCAGUCCUACAUCAACAGAGCCAGCUGCUUUCAUCUUUCGGAUGGGAAAACCCCGCUACACUUGGCGUGCGAACUGCUGAGCGCCGAGACCGUCUUAAUCCUCCUGGGCAACGGGGCUUCCCCGAGGAUCUUGGACCGUAAAGGGGAAACCCCUUUGGAUAUAAUCCUGGAGCAGCUGUGGAGUUCAAAGGUCAACGUGGUCUCCAAAAAGCUCUGCCUGGAUUACCUCCUCCUGUUUUCACCAUCCUUGAAUUUCAAGAUGAGAAAGAUCCUGCAGGAGAAUCCCGAAUUUUGGGCUCCCUUGCUCGGAGAGGACAAAUUCAACUACCUGGUGGGGAAUAAACCGGCUACAUUGUAUCUACGGGCCAUGCAAACCAUUCUGCAGUGCCUGCAACCUUCUCAUUUCCCAAAGAGCAUCAAAGCCCUUCCCAUCCCGCAAGCGUUAAAGCCACUGCCAGGGUCACGCUAG